UCAGAGCUCAAACUAGUUUCGCUUCUCGGGAAGUGAGACUCAGACGAGCGUUGUCUCUGAGAGGUGAAAUGGCGCAGCAAGAAAAUCAGCUGGACCACAAAAGGUUCUCUUGUUCCAUCUGUUUGGAUCUACUGAAGGAUCCGGUGGCUAUUCCCUGUGGACACAGCUACUGCAUGAACUGUAUUAAAGGCUUCUGGGAUGGAGAGGAUCAGAGGCAAAUCCACAGCUGCCCUCAGUGUUGGCAGACCUUCACACCGAGGCCUGUCCUGAUGAAAAACACUAUGUUGGCAGAUUUAGUGGAGCAGCUGGAGAAGACUGGACUCCAAGCUGCUCCUGCUGAUCACUGCUAUGCUGGACCUGAAGAUUUGGCCUGCGAUGUCUGCACUGGGAGGAAACUGAAAGCCUUCAAGUCCUGUCUGGAGUGUCUGGUCUCUUACUGUGAGAAACACCUCCAGCCUCAUUAUGAUGUGGCUCCAUUAAAGAAACACAAGCUGGUGGAGCCCUCCAAGAAGCUCCAGGAGAACAUCUGCUCUCGUCACCACGAGGUGAUGAAGAUGUUCUGUCGUACUGAUCAGCAGUGUAUCUGUUAUCUCUGCCCUGUGGAUGAACAUAAAGGCCAUGACACCGUCUCAGCUGCAGCAGAGAGGACUGAGAGGCAGAGAGAGCUGGAGGUGAGUCGACUCAACAUCCAGCAGAGGAUCCAGGACGGACAGAAUGAUGUGAAGCUGCUCCUGCAAGAGGUGGAGGUUGUCAAUCACUCUGCUGAUAAAGCAGUGAGAAACAGUGAGAAGAUCUUCACCGAGCUGAUCCGUCUCAUGAAGAAAAGAAGCUGUGAUGUGAAGCAGCAGGUCAGAUCCCAGCAGAAAACCGAAGUGAGUCGAGUCAAAGAGCUUCAGGAGAAGCUGGAGCAGGAGAUCAAUGAGCUGAAGAGGAGAGACGCUGAGCUGGAGUUUCUGUCACACACAGAGGAUCACAACCAGUUUCUAUACAGCUACGCCUCACUGUCGACGCUCAGCGAGUCUACAUCCAGCAUCGAUAUCCAUCCUCGGCGCUACUUUGAGGACGUGACGGCGGCUCUGUCAGAAGUCAGAGAUAAACUAAAGGACGUUCUGAGAGAGAAAUGGACAACCGUCUCUCUGAGAGGGACUGAAGUGGAUGUUUUACUGCCACAACCAGAGUACAAGACCAGAGCUGGAUUCUUAAAAUAUUCACGAGAAAUCACACUGGAUCCAAACACAGCACACACAUGGCUGUUAUUAACUGAGGGGAACAGAAAAGCAACAUUAGUGGGUCAAAGUCAGGCUUAUUCCAAUCACCCAGGCAGAUUCGCUGAUUGUUUGCAGGUCCUGAGUAGAGAGACUCUGACUGGACGUUGUUACUGGGAGGUGGAGUGGAGUGGGAUAUGGGGAGUUUAUGUAGCAGUCACAUACAAUAAUAUCAGAAGAGAGUGUUGCCAAGAUGGAGAGUUGCCGGGUAACUGUAGAUUUGGAUUCAAUGACGAAUCUUGGGCGUUAGAUUGUGACAAUAACAGUUAUACAUUUCGGUACAACAAUGUUAAAACUCCCAUCUCAGGUCCUCUGUCCUCCAGAAUAGGAGUGUACCUGGAUUACAGUGCAGGUAUUCUGUCCUUCUACAGCGUCUCUGAAACCAUGACUCUCCUCCACAGCGUCCAGACCACAUUCACUGAGCCUCUCUACGCUGGAUUUCGGUUUUAUUAUAUUAAUGGUGGAGACACUGCUGAGUUCUGUAAACUCAACUAGACAGAAGUCAUUUAAGGGACAGUGGGUUAAAUUGUCAGAUCGCUAAUUAGAACGAGGACUCGAAUUGCGCUGUCCGGUAACGUUAUUCCAGCAUUUAGCCAAGUUUCCGUGAAACGAGGAGAGUUUCUGAUAUCCUGUCGGAAACCGAUGCGGACACGGAGGUCAUCCAGACCGUCAUCCGACGCCCCCGCAUAGCAAGCGAUUAUUACGUCCAAUAUUGCAUGAAAAAUUCUCCAUAAACACAGCUGAGAGGUCGAGUUCAAUGACUGGAAUUAGCGGAGGCGAUGCCCAGCAGACAGCUAGCGGCUGUGACAGCGCCCACCUGUCACUCAAAGAGGCCACGCCCUUAAUUAUGCAUAACUUUAAUAUCAUUUAAACGGGUGAGUUAUAUAAAUAUUCAGUUAUCAUGAACGGGGAAAUGAGUUGUCAUGAACAGAACAGUUUUUUGUACCAGGCUGAAAACAUGUUUAUUUCUGCUGUACAGUUUUAACAUUGAAGUCUAUGGGGAUUGACUCUCUUUUGAAGCCUUUAGUGGGCGUUAAGAGGAACUGCAGUUUGUUGGCACUUCUGCAUUGGCUUUACUGCUCAGCACCCGAGGUUCCUGCUUGGUUUUAACUCUGAAACUCAUUUAGUCUCCACGUUCGUCACUGAUUGUUGCAUCAUGUCUUCACUGCACAGAGAUCAGCUGUCAAUCAAACAUUGUGGGCGGUACUUUGACAUUGUCUCAUGAGUUGUAAAUGUUUGAGUGUCUUUAAGUGGCGCUCCGUCCUUUGUCUGUUUCACUGCUCAUGAUGAUGAUGAUGUUUCUCUACAUGAAGAUGUAAACCUCUCUGAGCUUUAAAUGUGUGAUGAAUAUUUGUAGUGAUGUAUUUGUAUGUUGUUGUGUCUCUUCCACUGCAUGGCUCUUAAGAGAGAAAGACCUCCUUUAUCCUGUAGAUACUUUGCUCUCUUUGCAAAGAGAUAUAUAAAUCACAUUGAUGUGUUUGGCAGACCAAAUGUUGUUGUUGUUCUGAGGUAUUCUAGAAGUGUAAUCAUCCUGAUCAUAAUUAAUAAGGAGAUCAUUCAUUAUUCUCUUUCACAUGGCUGAGAUUCUGGUCAAACCAACUGAUUGUGAACAUGAGAUCAUAUAAUCAUUUAACAGACUUUACUGAUGGGAUGUGUGAACAAAGUGACGCUUUACAUGAUGAAUAAACUAACAUGAACAAAG